AUGAGUCCAUAUCAAAUACACCUAUCAAAAUAUCCACCAUCCAGUCCUGAAAAGCAUCAUCGUCUCUUUCAAUCUUCUUGGUUUGUGCAAUUUGCAUCUUGGCUAGAGUACUCUCCAUCAAAAGAUGCUGCUUAUUGUUUACCUUGUUAUCUUUUUACAAUGAAAGCAUCAAGACGUUUUGGAUGGGAUACAUUUACUAUCACAGGAUUUACAAGUUGGAAGAAGAUUAAUGAUGGAACAAAUUGUGCCUUUUUGAAUCAUGUUGGGCAAGAUCCUUGUUCUUGUCAUAAUAAUGCUUUGAAAUCUAGUGAGGAUUUAUUAAAGCGAUCACAACAUAUUGAUAAAAAUGAAAUAUAUAGAGUUCUUUCUCAUCAUUGUCUUGAUAUUCAAAAUAUUCGUGGACAAGGAUAUGAUGGGGCUAGUAAUAUAUGGGUUCUGAAUGGAAAGUUGCAAGGAGAGGGUCCAGUGGUCAGCAAUGACUGUACAGUUGCAAAGAAUGGGUAG